AUGUUAGAAAAAUCCAUUCUGCUGUUGUUGCUUCAGUUAAGUGUCCUGGGAAUCACUCUUGGUGGGAAUGUUCUGAUUUGGCCAGUGGACGGUAGUCACUGGCUAAAUAUUAAGAUAAUUAUAGAUGAGCUGAUCAACAAACAGCAUAAUGUGACUGUCCUAGUUUCUUCUGGUGCAUUUUACAUCAAGCCCAUCUCUAACUCAUACUUGACAUAUGAAAGAUAUAAGGUGCCCUUUGAGGGCGAAAAAAUGCUAGAAGUGAUCGGGAAUUUUAUUUUGGCAUGGAUGAAAAAUAAACCAACUCCUUCAACCAUUUGGAGAUUCUAUCAGGAAAUUGGCCCACCCAUCAAGGACUUCAAUGCGCUGAAUAGAGAAAUGUGUGAUGGUGUUCUCAAAAACCAAAAGCUGAUGAAAAAGCUGAAGAAAAGCAAAUUUGAGGUCCUGGUAUCAGAUCCAGUAUUUCCUUGUGGUGAUAUAAUAGCUUUAAAACUUGGCAUUCCAUUUAUAUACUCCUUGAAGUAUUAUCCAGCAUCGACAGUGGAAAAACACUGUGGGAAGAUACCAUAUCCUCCUUCCUAUGUUCCUGCUGUUUUAUCAGAACUCACCGACCAGAUGUCUUUUACUGACAGAAUAAGAAAUUUCAUUUCCUACCAUCUACAGGACUACAUGUUUGAUACUCUUUGGAAAUCGUGGGACGCCUAUUAUAGUGAAGCUUUGGGAAGACCCACUACGUUAUGUGAAACCAUGGGGAAAGCAGAAAUUUGGCUAUUGAGGACAUAUUGGGAUUUUGAAUUUCCUCGUCCAUACUUACCUAAUUUUGAGUUUGUAGGAGGAUUGCAUUGUAAACCUGCCAAACCCUUGCCUAAGGAAAUUGAAGAAUUUGUCCAAAGUUCAGGUGAACAUGGUAUUGUAGUGUUCUCUCUGGGAUCAAUGGUGAAAAACCUCACGGAAGAAAAAGCCAAUCUCAUUGCCUCAGGCCUUGCUCAGAUUCCACAGAAGGUUUUAUGGAGAUACCAAGGAAAGAAGCCAGCCACAUUAGCAGCCAAUACUCGGAUCUAUGACUGGAUUCCCCAGAAUGAUCUCCUUGGUCACCCCAAAACAAAAGCUUUUAUCACUCACGGCGGAACAAAUGGGAUCUAUGAAGGUAUUUAUCAUGGAGUCCCUAUGGUGGGAGUUCCCAUGUUUGCUGAUCAGCAUGAUAACAUUGCUCACAUGAAGGCCAAAGGAGCAGCUGUGGAGGUGAACAUGCACACAAUGACAAGUGCUGAGUUGCGUGAUGCCUUGAAAACAGUCAUUUAUGAACCUUCUUAUAAAGAGAAUGCUAUGCGGUUAUCAAGCAUUCACCACGAUCAACCUGUAAAACCCUUGGAUCGAGCGGUCUUCUGGAUCGAAUUUGUCAUGCGCCACAAAGGAGCCAAACACCUGCGGCCAGCUGCUCACAACCUCACCUGGUUCCAGUACCACUCUUUGGAUGUGAUUGGGUUCCUGCUGGCCUGUAUGGCAACUGUUAUAUUUUUGGUCACAAAAUGUUGUUUAUUUUCUUGUCGAAAAUUUGGUAAAACAGGAAAGAAGAAAAAGAGGGAGUAA